CAGAAGGGUAUAUAAGGGCCGCUGUUGCACAGUGUGCUGAAGUUUUUCUCAUUCAUACUGGUUCGGCACAGCACAUCUCCUCACUCCAUCUCCUGUCUCGCCUGCUGCUCUUCUCUGCUGCACAGCCUCAGUGUCAGUGCAAGGCAUGAACACUGGAAUCUCCGUGUUAGUGCUGCUGGUGGCUCUCUCCAGCAGUGGCUGCUUCUCUCACCCAACACACUUUGUGGAAGAAGGGCAGUUGGAUGGAGGAUCUGUAGAUGAACACACACGCCACUCCCGUGCAGUGCCCCCCAGUGGCCAGCUCAACUUAUUGUCUAAAACGCAAGAAGAGAAUGUGGAGGAGGACGCUGUGCGCAGGCUGAACGAACUGCUGGCCAGACUCAUUUCCAGAAAAGGUUCAUAUCGCAGGAGCCCAUCCCUCAACAGCAGGUCCAACCACCGAAUAAAGGACAGAGACUACCUGGGCUGGAUGGAUUUUGGCCGCCGGAGCGCUGAGGAGUAUGAAUACUCUUCAUAAUAUCCAAUCUCCCAAUCAUCAUUUUUAAGGAACCAACCAUUCAACCAACUAUGUGUACAGAGAAAUCCACUUUAAUUCUUCUCCCUUCCAAUCACGUCAUUGUUGGAGUGCCCUUUCUUCAUCUUAUUUCUGAUGUAAAUUUGUAUAAUGAAGAUGAUGCAAUAUAUGAAUAUGUAUGUGUAACUCAUAUGGAUUUUACAUGCACUCACAUUUUUGGGGGAAAGUGACUGGUAAUGUGGUCGGUUUUAUUUAUUUUCUUGUGUAUAUGAUUUUUGUUCUAGCAUUAGGAAUAUGUUAGAUGUUGGAGAAUAAAUCAUUGCCUUAACUCAUUCA